AUGAGGUAUAUGCUUCGGCUGGAGGAGGAGAAUCAGACGCCUCGUCUCUUCGACGCCCUCUACCCUUUCCGGCAAAGCAACGCCGAGGGGGCGAGCAAAAUCGAUGCAAAUCGGACACUUCUUCGGGAACAGCCUUCGCGCACCAAGUGGGUGCGCAAUCGAAGGGAGCAGUUCGUGCAGCACCAGCAUCUCCUCCGCCGGCUUGUCCGCGCCGCGCCCGCCGCCAAUAUUGGAGAUGAAGAUGUGGAUGAAGAUGGAGAUGGAGAUGAAGUUGACAAUGACAGCGCGACGACUCGAACUCGCAAGCGAAAGAGGCGUGCAGCAGCUUCUUCCUCUUCGCCAUCUUCUACUACUUCGACUUCUGCCACGACCAGCGGCCUGUGGGAGGAGGCGGCCCGAUUGCUCCCCACACCCUUCGCCCUGGAGAAGGGCACUCUCCGCUCCUUGCGCGACCUCAACACGCGGGUGGGUCUCGAGGUGGUCCGCAACACGCAGCCGCCGCGCGGCGCCCACCAGCUCGCGCAGCACCUCGCCCACGCCUACCCCGUCCUGAUGGGUCCACUGGCAUUGGAGAGGGCGUUCACGCUCGCCGGUCAGUCCCGAUGGCGCGAUGCAUACGACUCCCUCGAAAAGUAA